AUGAUCCCGGACGGCCAAGGCUACGUCGUGACGACGACCGAAGGCCGCGUCGGCCUCGAGUACUUUGACGCCGCCAAGAAAGGGUAUGCGUUCAAGUGCCACCGACAAAAGGUGAGCGACACCGAUACGCUCGUGUACCCUGUCAACGCCGUCGCCUUCCACCCGACAUUUGGCACGUUCGCGACCGGCGGCUGCGACGGUGUCGUCAACAUGUGGGACGGCGACAACAAGAAGCGCAUUUGCCAGCUCGCCAAGUUUGGUGCGAGCGUCGCGUCCAUGGCCUUCAACCACGACGGGUCCAAGCUGGCCGUGGCGGCGUCCGACACGUACGAAGAAGGCCCGAAAGACAAUCAAGACGACACGGUGUACGUCCGGUCGAUCUCGGAGGCCGAGGUCCGGCCCAAGACCAAGGAGGCAUAA